UAUAUAUUCGUCCAUCAACCACCCAUAAUUCCCAGUUCACUUUCACAAUCAACGAAACCUUCUCUCUCUCUCUCUCCUGCUGAUCCUCUUGUGUUAGCGUUUGUAAGGCGAGAUAUAUGUGGAACAAAUUGCACGGCGAUACGGGUGAGAAGAAGAUGAAGAUCAAAGGAUCCGUUGUGUUGAUGAAGAAGAAUGUUUUGGACUUUAACGACUUACACGCCUCGAUGCUUGACCGUGUUCAUGAGUUCUUCGGCAAAGGAGUUUCUCUGCAGCUCAUCAGUUCUGUUAAUGGCGACCACGAGAAGGAAAUGAGGGGAAAGGUUGGAAAACCUGCAUUCUUGGAGGAAUGGAUCACAAAAAUUACCCCAUUGAUCGCUGGUGCAUCUACUUACAGUGUAACAUUUGAGUGUGAUAAUGAGGGCAUGGGAAUACCAGGAGCUUUCAUAAUCAAGAAUAUGCACCACAGCGAGUUUUACCUCAAUUCUCUCACACUUGAAGAUGUUCCUGGAAAGGGUCGUGUCCACUUUGUCUGCAAUUCUUGGGUUUACCCAGCUCACCGUUACAAAUAUGAUCGUGUUUUCUUCACUAACACGAGCUUCCUACCAAGUGAGACACCUGAGCCUCUACGUAAGUACAGGGAAGAAGAGCUUGUGAAUCUAAGAGGAGAUGGAACAGGAGAGCUCAAGGAAUGGGAUCGAGUCUAUGACUAUGCUUUCUACAACGAUCUUGGGAACCCUGAUAAGGGAACUGAACAUGCACGCCCUGUCCUUGGUGGUUCAACUCAAUACCCUUACCCACGCAGGGGAAGAACUGGUCGAAAACCCACAAACACAGAUCCUAACACUGAGAGCAGAUUGCCACUUGCAUUGAGUUUGAACAUUUAUGUUCCAAGAGAUGAACGGUUUGGUCACUUAAAGUUGUCAGAUUCCUUUAUAUAUGCAUUGAAAUCCUUAGUUCAGUUUCUGCUUCCAGAACUAAAAGCUUUCUGUGAUAGCACCCCUAAUGAGUUUGACACAUUUCAAGAUGUAUUUGAACUCUAUGAGGGAGGGAUCCAACUCCCUAAUAACCCUACAGUAAACAAAGGGGACACAAUCCCCUUGGAGCUGCUAAAGGAACCUGUUCGCUCAGAUGAUGAAGGGCUCCUCAAAUUCCCUAUGCCCCAAGUGAUCAAAGAGGAUAAGUUUGCUUGGAGAACAGAUGAAGAGUUUGCACGCGAAAUGCUUGCUGGAUUGAACCCUGUUUGCAUCUGCCGUCUUGAAGAGUUUCCUCCCAUCAGCAAACUUGAUCCCAAUGUAUAUGGCAACCAGACCAGUUCAAUAACUACAGAGCACAUUGAGGAGAACCUAAAUGGCCUAACAGUAGAUGAGGCCAUUGAGGACAACAAGCUCUUCAUAUUGGAUCAUCAUGAUACAGUGAUGCCAUACCUAAGGGGUAUAAACACCACUUCCACAAAGACCUAUGCAACCAGAACACUCCUCUUAUUGAAAGAAGAUGGGACCUUGAAGCCACUGGCAAUUGAGUUGAGUCGACCACAUCCAGAUGGUGAUGAAUAUGGUGCAAUCAGUAAGGUCUUCACCCCUGCUGAAGAAGGUGUUGAAGCCUCAGUGUGGCAACUGGCUAAAGCUUAUGCAGCUGUGAAUGACUCUGGUAUUCACCAGCUUAUCAGUCACUGGUUACAUACACAUGCGGCAAUUGAGCCAUUUGUGAUUGCGAUGAAUAGACAAUUGAGUGUUCUUCAUCCAAUCCAUAAGCUUUUACAGCCUCACUUUCGAGAUACCAUGAACAUUAAUGCCUUAGCUCGGCAAAUCCUUACCAAUGCUGGUGGAGUGUUGGAAAAUACGGUUUUCCCAGCGAAAUUUUCAAUGGAAUUGUCUGCUAUGGUUUACAAGAGCUGGGUUUUCCCUGAGCAGUCACUACCUGCAGAUCUCAUUAAGAGGGGAUUGGCAAUUCCAGAUUCAAACAGUCCUCAUGGCCUCCGCCUGUUAAUUGAGGACUACCCUUAUGCUGUUGAUGGCCUUGAAAUCUGGUCAGCAAUUGAAGCAUGGGUCCAUGAAUAUUGCUCUUUCUACUACCCCAAGGAUGAGAUGGUCCAAAGUGACUCUGAACUCCAGUCUUGGUGGGCAGAGCUCCGUGAUGUAGGCCAUGGUGACAAGAAGGAUGAGCCAUGGUGGCCCAAGAUGCAAACACUCGUUGAGCUAACUCAGACAUGCACCACCAUCAUAUGGAUAGCUUCAGCCCUCCACGCAGCUGUUAAUUUUGGACAGUACCCUUAUGCAGGUUUCCUCCCAAACCGCCCAAGCAUAAGCCGUCGCUUCAUGCCUGAACCAGGUACUCCUGAGUAUGCUGAGCUUGAAUCUGACCCUGAUGCAGUGUACCUGAAAACAAUAACUAGCCAGCUCCAAACCCUCCUAGGUAUAUCCCUUAUUGAGAUUUUGUCCAAGCAUUCUUCUGACGAGGUCUAUCUUGGACAAAGAAGCACUCCAGAGUGGACAUCAGAUGCAGAACCAUUGAAAGCUUUUGAAGGAUUUGGAAAGAGGCUAGUACAGAUUGAAAAUAGGAUUAUAGAGAUGAACAAUGACAAAAGAUGGAGGAAUCGAAUAGGGCCUGUCAAGAUGCCAUACACCUUGCUCUAUCCAGACACUUCCAACCAUUCUGGUGUGGGUGGGCUAACUGGAAGAGGAAUACCCAAUAGUGUCUCAAUCUAAGGCUGAAUUAGUUGUUAUAGUUCCAAAAGUAGUAGUCUUUUAGCAGUCACAGUUUUUUUAGUUCAAGAGGGUUGAAUGGAUCAUAUGUGACAUGGUAAAGAGUAGCUUAUAUGUAGAUUUAUAUACAUAAAAGCUGUAACCUUCUGUGUGUUUCAAAUAAAUCCUAAUUCCAUGCA